UGGAGUGCAAUGUAAUCGUCCAUGAUCAGUGUGCAAAAAUGCAGAUUACCAAUUGUUAUGAAAACUUGAAACCGGCCCUAAUGAAUCGGCCAUUCCAAUUAAUCGGUCGACCUCUAGUUUGGAUUGUUACCACAUUGAACACUACCCUCUGUGUGUAGUGGUUGUGUUUUCAGUUCAAUUGGCUUGAUGCUUGGUCCAGAGUGGACUGAUAAUCCAUAAUUUAUAACAGGUGAAGAUUUUAAAAAUUAUUGGUGCAGUACAGUAAUUUAUUUGAAUUGUAUUUAUUAUUUAUUUAACCAGGUGAGUUGACUGAGAAUACAUUGUGAUUUACAGCAACGUCCUGGGGUAAAUUACAAUACAUAGACCUAGUUAAAAGCCAUAUUUAACACGCAGAAAUAUAAGCAAGCGAAAUUCAAUAAAGAUCAAUCUCAUAAGAAUUCCAAUUUCCUUUUGCCUCUCAACAAUAUUGAUGUACUAUAAGACUGAUAGGCUACAAUAAAAUUAUAGAGCCUACUCUUACGAUAAGUGCCAUGGGAUUUUUAAUGACCACAGAGAGUCUGAACACCCGUUUAACAUCCCAUCCGAAAGACAGCACCAUUCGUAGGGCAAUGUCCCCUCUACUGCCCUGGGGAUCUCCUUAGACCAGAGGGGGGUGCUCGCUACUGGCUUUACAUCACCACUGCCAGCAGCACCUGGUCUCCCAUCCAGGAACCAUCCCUGCUUUAGCUUCAGAGGCAAACCAGCAAUGGGAUGCUGCUGGUAUCAAGCUGAAGGCAUGAAUCAAAUGGUUGUUUACUGAAACUCCCAAAGUCUUUCCAAUCAAUGUAAUACAUGUUGAACAAUAGCCUACCUCUCUGUGGUCAACUAGAUGAUAAUUGUCAACACUGUUGUGAUUUGAGACAAGCUUGGGGACUCCUGUUGAUAAAUCAAUCAUCGUCAGAUUUGAGUUUUCACUGAAUCUCCGUUUGGAUAUUGGUUAGGCUGCAAUUAGUCUAGGGAAAUGUUAUCUAUAGUUGAGUUGAGUGCUGCUCUGAUCAUCUUGUCUAGUUGUCUAGCUCAUUUAUUAGAGUAUUUUGCCAGUAGUUUAACAGGUGGGCUAUUUGCUCUAAACUCAAGUCGUUUAGUAUGCAAUAGUGUAGCUUAAAUCAAGUGUAGCACCAUUUUUUUGUUCGAUCGCGUUUAGGCAACUCUUAAAGCCCGCGGAGGUUGUAAAAUAUGAACACGAGAAUCACAUUCUUUUCAAAAUAUAGAUUGCUAGUAUUUUCUAUUGGUAUCAUGAUGAAGAUACUAUCAAUGUAAGAGCCUACGCACCUGCUCUUUAACCAAGUGGAGUGAGGGUAGAGAUGAAACGUGGAACAAAAAAGCAUGGACUUGGGCUGUUUCAAAAUACCACUUUUUUUAUAUGACCGGUUCCACACAUUUCCGUGACCAGUUGUGUGGGAAAAAUAUAAAUGUAACCCCCCCCGUAUUCCAAUAUAUUAUUAUUAUAAAAUAUAUAUGUGUUGACUAUGAUCGGGUAGGUAGGUCUUGUCUGUUCAAUGAACAAAAUAAUUAACUAUUAAUUUAAUUCAUUUGGACAUAACGUAGCCUAAUUAAACCCAAAAUGUGUUAUUCUAUUCUUUUGAAAAUAUGUUUCAGGUAAGAAUGUGGUAUAAAAUAGGCAUGUUUGUAAGGGGGCCAUAUAAAAAGUACCUUCUUUUUUUGUACAGAAAAAAAGACCGUAAAUCCUAUGUGAAAGCAGGUACUACACAUCUAAACCAUUGUUGUUAUUGUGGGACACACACACACACACACACCGGUAAAUCCUAUGUGAAAUCCGUAUUACAUACCUGAACAAUUGCUGUUCUUGAGUGGUAAAAAUACCGUAAAUCCUAUGUGAAUGCAGUUCUACACAUCUAAACCAUUGUUGUUAUUGUGGAGCACUCCUCUACAGUAGGUGGCGGUGUUGUACUUUCAAUUGAAUUGCACGGUCCAGUUUAUGAUUACAUUACUGUGAAGAUGACGAAAAAACAAUCUCAACAGCUACUUACAAACAAAGCAAGCUAGCGAUGUUUAGUUUAUGAUAUGAUUGUAUCAAUUUUACUAGCUAGAUAGAUAAUUGUGAAUUAUCAUAAUAUAGAAAAACAAAAACACUGUUUCAUUGAAAAGGGGCCAAAAGCGUCGGGGGACAAUGUCGGGCUCCGUUGCCGAUUUCCAGGCGCAGAUAGCCUCAAUCAUGGAGGUGCUAGCCAACGCGGCUGUAGCCGAAAUCUGCAAAGUUGUUGACGAUGGCUAUGCGGUUGUACAUCUGGAGAUGUCCCAAAGCCACAAGGAGAACGAAUUUCUCCGGAGGAAAAUGAAAUUGAUGGAACUUCAGAUCACCAGAUUUCGAGCAGAGAGAACAAAGUCUUCAGAGGGGUCCGUCCACAAUCGCUUCCAUGGAAUACGCCUCCUAAACAGACACAACCAUCGAGAAACUGCAACGACAGGACCUACUUGGCAAAGCAGAAACAGACUUUCCAACAGGAGUUUUGGGAACAGCAGCAUUCAAAGAGACAGACAGCCCAUAGACGUGGACCAAGACGAUGUCUCUCCAUCAAAGCAUAUGGAUGCUACAAGUGAUGAGCAGUCAGCAGAGACAGAGGAAGGGCAACCAGACCUGCUGAUCAUCAAGGUGGAGGGAGAAGCAGAUGACCAGGACUCUAGGAUCAGCCACCCAGCUAGAACAGUGGAGGGCAGCAGAGAACUAACCACCCAACCGGCUGCAGCCACCACAGAGGACUCCGCCUUCCAGUCCAGUGGCACCAGAGGCAACAACAACUACAAACACAGCUAUGGAGGUCAGUGGAUCUGACGCCGUCCUCCUCCAGUCAGAAACAGGGACUGUGAACCAGGGACCCCAGCAACGCAUGGGAUUUGAACCGAAAGCAGAGAGACCGAGUCUGGACACAAAGUGUGAUAUGGACGGGGACCUCACUCUCCUAAGAGAUUCUUUAAACCAGGUGUGGAGAGAGGUAGUAGGGACGGAUGAUGGCGCCUCUGCUGCUCACACUAAAGUAAUGGACCUAGGGAGUGGCUCAGUGGACCCAGAAACCCAGAAUAGAUCGGCCACAGAAAUGAGAAGUGUAGGGUUAGAAAACCACAGGUUUUCCCCCAAGUCAUUCCAUUCUUCAUCAGAACAUGUGAUAGUGAUUGACUCUGUAUCCAGUGGGCAGCAGGUAGAUAGAGAUUUUGAGUGGUGUCAGGUGGGUACAGCUACUACACCACAGGACAAUGGGACUGAAAAUAAGCAGGGAGUGGGAGUGUUUAACAGAAAUGCACCAAUGAAUCACCACGAUUCGAUGAGAGACAACACCACGCAAUUUGUUUCACCCAGCUUCCGGGCCUCUGAGAUAAAUACAGGCAUGCAUGUUGGCACAGGUGAGGCCAAUAAAGCUAGUUGGUGCUCAUUGGCAAGCCUCCAGAGACACUCUGAAAUACCAGGAAGAAGAGUUCAACAACCAGCUCAUACCUCACUUCCUGAUUGCCAUUUUAGACCAAGUGCCACAACUUCCUCCCACUCGAGUAAUCUCGCCACAGACGUUAGACCUGGUACCGUAGAACGACCAUAUGGUUGCCCGAGCUGCAAUAAGAAGUUUGUCCACGAGAGUGACUUGCGGCAGCAUGCUGUCAUCCACACCAGAAAGCGGCCGUUCGCCUGCACCUUGUGUGAGAAGAGAUUUGUGUCCCGCGCCAAGCUCCAAAUGCACCUAAACGUCCACACUGGUGAGAAGCCCUUCAGUUGUACACAUUGCGGACGCAGGUUCUCCCACUCCAGCAAUCUGAAAAGACAUCAGAAGCUUCAUCAUUGAGAACUGACAAGGAAGCAAGAGAUUCCUAUUGAAAAAAGCUGUUAUAGCAAUAUCAGGAGUUCAAAGGUCAUUGGUUCUAACAUAGUCGUAUUUCUGCAGGGUAUUUGCCCUGGUCUCAUACGUCUACAAUACAACGUGGUUCAUAUUUACAUUAUCUACAAAGACUGUUACGUUUUCUUGGCUUCUUUAAUGCCAACAGCAUCACUCACAUUGACUGUUAAGGUUGAUAAUGGUUCGAUAUAACUGCCUCAGACUAAAGUUAUAGCAGCUACUGAAAUUGUACUGUCCAUUUGUACCAAUUUGACCAAUGGCUAUUGCUGUUUGUUUGUCAAUUCCUAUAAUUCCAUCAAUAAAUCAUAUUUUUCAAAGAA